AUGGCUACCUCAGUCGGGUCCAAGUUCCUGGACUUGGAUAAUGGCCCCGAUUCGACCCUUUUGCACAGAGAGCUCAAUUGGCUGAUUCAAGAUUCACUUGGUGAGGGGGAACCCGCCACUCUAUCAUGUGCUGCUUCAGCUUCAUCUUCUGGUUCUACUUCAUCGAAGAAGGUUGUGAAAUUAAGGACGUGUUUGGAUGAUCUUUACAGGUUGUGGAAGGAGAGGAUUGAGGAUAGAAGGCCAUUUCAGUAUUUGGUUGGGUGUGAGCACUGGAGGGACUUGGUUUUGAGUGUUGAAGAAGGUGUAUUGAUUCCAAGGCCUGAGACUGAGUUGAUUGUGGACUUUGUUGAGGAUGUUUUGGCUGAGAAUUAUGGGGAUGGUUUGAAAGAAGGUUUGUGGGCUGAUUUAGGAACCGGGAGCGGGGCACUUGCUAUUGCGAUUGGGAGGAUUUUGGGUUGCAAUGGAAGAGUUAUUGCUACUGACUUGAGCCCUGUUGCUGUUGCAGUUACUGAGUAUAAUGUAAAGAGAUAUUGUUUGCAGGACAAAGUUAAAGUAAAGCAAGGAUCUUGGUUCGAACCUUUGGAGGAGAGUGAAGUUGAGCUUGGAGGGAUUGUCAGUAAUCCACCAUAUAUCCCAAGUGAUAAUAUCGCAGGAUUGCAAGCUGAAGUGUCCAAACAUGAACCGAUACUUGCUUUAGAUGGUGGUGCAAAUGGCAUGAAAGACCUUCUUCAUUUAUGCAAUGGUGCUGCUUCUAUGUUGAGGCCUGGUGGAUUCUUUGCUUUUGAGACAAAUGGGGAGCAACAGAGCCAGUUUCUGGCUGGUUAUAUGGAGAGUGAAUUAGGGGGAAGAUUAGUUGAUAUUAAAAUUGAAUCAGAUUUGGCUGGCAUACCCAGAUUCGUGAAAGGAUUCAAAGCAAGAUGA